AUGCCUGAAUUAGAACAGCUGAGUGUCCCAAGACCCCCUGCAAAUGCCAACCAGAUCCAGAGGAAUAUCCUGGAGGAACAUGUGGAGCUGUGGUGGUUCCAGGAACCCAGAAAGUCCUUGGUUUGCUACGGGGUGGCUGUGGCCCUGAUCCUGGCCUGUGGGGUUGGGGGCAUCGCUCUACUCUACAGCACCAGCAGCCGCUCCGGGGAGUGGAGGCUGGCUGUGGGCACCACACUCUGCCUGCUGGCACUGCUGGUACUGCUGAAGCAGCUGCUGAGCUCCGCCAUCCAGGACAUGAAUUGCAUUCGCAGCCGGGAGCACGUGGAGCUGCUGAAGAGCGGCGGGGCCUCGGACUGUGCCGUGCUGCUGCUGACAGCCCUGGUGCUGCUGGUGUGCGGCACGGUCCUCACGGCACUCUCCACCACCAGCAUUAGCACUAGCCCGACGACUCCACGCCCACUGGCCAGCAUGUUCCUCAGCGGCAUUGUGCUCACGGCCUCUGGGGCCAUCCUCUUGCUCAGCCUGCUUGGGUAUUUGAUGUGGACUUCCUGCUGUCCAGCUGCGCCUCAGACUCAUGAUGCUGGCCCCAACACCAGCCUUUUCACCAUAUCGGGACGCCUCCCAGCCAGCCAGCAGCUCCCUCCUACCUCCAGCAUGGCGAAUCUCAUUUAA